GCGCUUACCUUAAGCAAAGCCCCGAAGUUUUAUAAACUCCACAGAAGCGGGUUUUUUUUUUUAUUAGAUAUCGGUAAUGUUAGUGUUGCUGUGUUAUAAGGAGGCGGGAGCUGCUGUUCUGGGGUUAUAAACAGUGCAGCUGUACUGAGUCUGCGCAUUGCUGACACCGCUAGCCCCGACUCUAGCUCACUCCCUAGGCGGCCUAGUUUAGGGAACACUGGGCUUGUUGGGCACCGACCAUUCUGUUAGCUAGCUUAGCUAAACAAGGCUAAGCUAACUUGUGAUAGCUAUCUGAUCAUGGCAGAGGAAAGAGGCGCCAACGGCCCCUCAGUAACUCCGGAGCUGCAGCGGUUCUGAACAGCGAAAACCUUUAGGAGAUCCAGGUUUUAAGGGAGUCAUGGAGAAAGAAGCAGAGGGGGAUGAAGGAGCCGCUCUGGCUGGGAGGGACACUGAGAUGGAGACCAGCGUGGAUAACCCGGAGGAGCCCCCGGCGGACUGGCUCCAGCCUCUGGAGGAGGAGGACUGCGGUGAUGAAGAUGGUCAGAGCGGAGAUCAGGACAUGGAGAGCCUGGCGGGGAGCGAGCUCAGCGGGAGUGUAGCCGGCAGUGACUGGAACCUCGCCGGAGGCAAAACCACCAGAAAAGUUCGGCAGGUGAGGCGUCGGGUUGGAGAUGAGGACUGGGAGGACUGGCCGGCACUGGGGGAGGGCUGGAAACGCAGAACAGUGCUACGGCGCUCUGGCAUGAGCAUGGGCCAAAUAGACACGUACUACAUGAGCCCUUCAGGUGAUCGAGUGCGGAGUAAGAUUGAGCUGUCGAAGUACCUUAAGAACACCCUCGACCUUACAAACUAUGAUUUUAGAACCGGCAAGUUUUUUGACGGUAAACCUCAAAGAGUCCAAAGGAAGCGCAGGAAGGGACGCUCGUCUCCGGCCGACUGCGGCUUUUCCUCAGAAUCCAGUUUUCAGAAUGAAUCUGCGGAGGUGAGCGACCGCACCUACAGCCCCGGCCCCACGUUCAGCCUCAGCCGCUCCUCCGAACACCGUCUCAGUCCUCCCUCCGGCCAAAAUCGCUCCGCCGCCGCCGUCAGCCCCGCCAAAUCCCACGAUGAGAACGCCGUCACCCCCUCCACCCCCUCUGCUCCCCUCCCCACCCGGCACAGCCCGGCUAACGGAGGAUCUCCCGCCAAAACACCAGAAAUCACAACCGGAACCAAGAAAGACCCGAUGUACAUCCCGCGCCACGCUGUGCUCGGAAUUUGCUCAAGAUGUAGGAACUCGUUUACAGGAGUGGAGGGACAGACCAUGUGUGUGAAAUGCAGCAAAGCGUGCACCGCCUCGAAGGAUACCCGCAACAUUGUCUUCAGAAAGUGGCUGCCCUGCGGGUUUUGCCGGGCGUGUCAGGUGACGCAGGACUGCGGGACGUGUGCGAGCUGCAGGAACGGGAAGCUGAAUCCUGACGCCAGGCGUCCUGUUCGGUGUCGGAAGAGGAAAUGCUUGUGCCCGUCUCUGAAGAAGCCUGAUAGAUUAAACACUUUAAACCCAGACAAGCAGUACAGCGACUCUGAUGAGCAUUCAGCGUUUAACGACGAUGAUGAUGAUGAUGAUGAAGAGGAAGAUGAAGAUGAUGAUUAUAAUGAUGAAGAGGAGGAUGGUGAUAAUGACGAUGAUGAGGUGGUGAAGAAGCAGCGGCGCUCCUGCGGUCGGUGUAAAGGCUGCGUAUCUAAAACAGACUGUGGGAUGUGUGAUUUCUGUAUCGAUAAGCCGAAGUUUGGUGGAAGCAAUAAGAAGAGACAGAAGUGCCGCAGACGUCAGUGCCAAAGAGAAGCUAUGAGGCACCUGCUGCCAGAGGCGGGGCACACUCCGGUUCUCACACCGCAGGGCUGGGUGGUGCCGGGCCGGCCGAGACCGAACUACACCUACAGCCGCAAAAAAAACAGAGAGAGGUGGGACUUCGACUUCUCAGAUAAUGAAGGAGAUUCAGAGAAACGGAAAAAAGCUCCUGCUGCAGUUCUUCACCUGGAGAGAGAGAAAAUCAGCCCCUCCAGAUAUAAAGUACAGCUGAGCCCCCAACCCAGCCCCCAACCCAGCCCCCAGCCAAACCCCCAACCAAACCCCCAACCAAACCCCCAACCAAACACUCAACCAAACCCCCAGCCAAACCCCCAGCCAAACACCCAGCCGAGCCCCCAACCAAACACCCAGCCGAGCCCCCGGCCGACCCUCCAGCCGAACCCCCAACUGAACCCCCAACCCAGCCCCCAACCAAACACCCAGCCGAACAUCACCAGACCACACCCCAUCUCGAACCCGAUCCCAAACCCAAGCCUGAACCUGAUCUUAAACCCGAACACUGCGAACGGUCUGCAGGCCAGAGCUUCCAAAACCCUUCCAGCAGCAGCAGGGGUAAACGCUGGGGUUCGGCCGGUGGUUUCUGAAGCGCGAUUAGAGGAGAAAUCGCUGCAAACGAGAACCGAGAAAAAUACACCGCAGAUACAGGAGGAGGACGAGGGACCAACGAUCGCUCAGAUUUUCAGCCUGGGCUCUUACGACUCGGCGGGUAACGGCGUGGAUCUGGAGCCGGAGCUGCUGGAUCUGUUGGCGGCGCUGCGCCGCACUGCGCUGCCGGUGCUCUGGUGCCCCCUGCUGGUGGAGGGUCCGCGGCUGCAGCUGCUGCAGUGCUCCAAACUGUCAGCCAUGACGGACACCACGGUUCUGAUCGAGCCCAACUUCCGCUUCCACAUCAGCGUCCAGGCCCAGCCGCUGCUGCCCACCCACCGGCUGUACCGCGUCCACCCGCCCCGCCUCGGCUCCUCCGCCCAGGUCAUCGCUCUGCUGGAGGACCUGGAGCGCUACACUGUGUGCCGGGGCUUCGAGACGGCACCCCCUACAGGCCCGGAGCCGGUCUUUCAGCAGCGCGCCGCCACCUGCGAGUUCCUGGUGCUGCCGGAAACCAAGCGCUGCGGCCGCUGCAGGACCGAGACGCAGAAACCCUGAGAGAACCUGGAUUAUAACGAGACGAGCUGCAGAAAUCGCGGAGCUGAGCAGCGUUACGGAGCGCAGACGACUUUACAGAUGAUUUAUUACAGCUGUGAUUCCCACCGUUCAGCCCAGUUUCCCAAUCUUUUAGUUUUUAUUGAUCCAGAAGCUUUACAGCAAAACACAAACGCUCUGAAGCACAUCUGUCUAAACACAUACUUUUACUUUCUACAUCAACUUUAUUGUUUUGCAGGCGUGUUCAAUGUCACAUGUGUUUUGUUUUUUCUGUUUAAAGAUCGGGGGAAAAAUGUUUAACAGCUCAAAAAAAAAAUCUUCAAAAAUAAAAAGUGAAAUCACACAAAACCAGUCCAUCUUAAAAUGUACCAUCCUGCAAAUUAACUGAAAAUAAAAUUAUUUGAAGAAAAUAAUUUACCUGCUACUAAAAUACAACUAAUUUCUCAGAUUAAUGUUAGAUAUGACUGAAUCAGCAAAUUGAUUUUAUAUCUUUAGAAUUUGAUUUAAAGAGGAUUUAAUUCUUCAGUCAUUCACAGAAUGCUUAAGUACAGUAAUAUAAGUGUUUUACAGCACUUUCACCACAACUACAGUAGCUUUUAAUCAGUGGUGUUUGUUAAUCAUGAUUAUUUUAUUAAAACAGAACUGCUGUUUUUUUUUUUGUUUGUGUAAAAUCCUCAGAAAACACAUUUUACCACUGAAUCAAAUUCUGUUGUAAAAAAUGGUCAGAUUUACAGGUUCCUCCAGUUCUGCAGAUAAAUUUACAUUUUGUUUGUGUUUUGAUGAAGUGAAUCAAUACUAGAUCAUUUUAAUGUAUUUUAUUUUAGACUGUUUUAUCCCGUAAACACGUUUAUUUGGGUCUGUUAGUUUAAUAGUAUGAGUUUAGAAUCAACUCGUUUCUAAUUUUGAGAAACUUCUAAAACUGUCAUUUGGGUUUAUAAUAAAAAAUUAAUUCCCUUCAGGCAAUUUAACAAUAUAUAAAUAUAAACACUUUAUCCUUUUUCUUUUCAAUAAACUCAAACAUUCCACUGGACUUUACCUCAUGAUCUGUGAGCCGUUUGGGUCUUUUAUUAUAAAACCUUCAGUUUUUAGUUUGUAUAAUAUUUGCUUAUAAUAAAAUGUUACUGGUACUAAAAUGGAAAUAAGAAUAAUCUGAAGAUCAGAUCAGACUGGUCUGCUGGUUCUUUACUGGUCUGCUGGGUUUCGUCUCUCUGUGGUUUAGUUGUUCCUUCUCUUCUCAGGACUCAGGUUUCAGAAAGCGGUGAAACAGCUGGAAAAACCCGAACACAGGAACACAAACUCCACCUUCUGUUUUAUAAACUGCUUUCUGUUUGUGUAGAUUAAUAACUUUAUAUCAGAGAAUUCUAUCAACAAUCCGUUUUUCUGUGUUUUUUUUCCUCCAUCUUUAUUCAGAGGCACUGAAUAAUCAAAAUAUGAGUUAAUAAAUCAUAUUGUAUAUAAACGUU